AUGGAAAGAAUUAUCUAUGACCAUGCCCAGAGAGCCCCCGACUCUGCAGCUGUGGAGGACGGCAACCUAUCUCUCAGUUAUGCUGAGUUGAUGGCAGAAGCUGCUCACUUAGCCCGCACGCUCGGGGCGAGCGUCGCUGGUGAAAUGAUCGGGAUCCUACUCGGCCCUGGAAUCAAGCAGGUUGUUUCUCAGCUUGCUGUGCGUCUUGCCGGUGGGACCUGUGUGCCUAUCGAGCCAUCACUUCCAGAGCGUCGCAUCACUGCGCUCUUGAGCGAUGUCCAAGUAAAACGUAUACUCGUUGACGGUGAGGUUACCGUGGAUUUGCAAUCUUUCGAAGUCAUUCACGUGCACCAUAUUUCCGGCGGGAAGACCCUCGAGGUAAUGCCGGGGGAGUUCGAAAAUCAGUCAGAAAUAAGCCAUAUUCUCUUCACCUCGGGGUCCACCGGAAAGCCCAAACCGGUUGAAAUCCGUGCAGAAAGCAUUCUGCACCUGGCGACAAAGACUCCCACAACACCAUUGUCAAAAGCCGAUAGAGUGACCGAGUUCAACAAUCCGGGCUUUGAUUUAAGUUUGUUCGAGAUCUGGGUCACACUCAUCUCGGGGGCCACAAUUGUGGUGAUGCCCCGAGGGGUUGCCACUGAUCCCGGUGCUUUGCGGAGAUUUCUCGAGUCUCAGGAGGUGACAGUGACAAUCAUUACAGCUGCACUGUUCCAAAUCAUCGGCUUCACAGACCCGGCAGCAUUUUCGUCGUUACGCCAUGUCCUCACAGCUGGAGACGUGGCAAAUGUGCGUGCUAUGAGAGCUGUUCUGCAAGGGGGACCGCCACAGCACCUGUGGAACACGUACGGUCCGACAGAGUGUACGACGCUGACCACCAUGUUUGAAGUCACCUUGGAAGAAACUUCUAAAGAAAGAAUCAGCAUUGGUAAAGCGGUGGGGGACAUGGAACUCGUGCUUUUGGAUGAAGAUCAGAAGCCUAUCCAUGACAGCGGAAGACAGGGCGAGAUUUACAUCGGAGGACCGCAGCAGUCAGCAGGAUAUCGGAAUAGGCCCGAUGAGACUAACCAAUGUUUUGUUCAUUUGAACAGAAAGGACCUGGGAUUGCCUGGUGAGGGAACCGUCCGUCUGUAUCGCACGGGAGACAUGGCGGAAUGGCGCGCUGGUACUGAUGUUCUCGAUUUCGUCGGCCGAGUCGACAAUCAGGUCAAACAUGGGGGAUUCCGUGUUGAGCUAGGCGAAAUUGAACGUGUCUUGCUCUCGCAUGGAGGCAUUCAGUCGGCCGUGGUGGUUCGACAACCGCCGCUAUCCGAGGACGGAAUGCAUGCGCUGGUGGCCUUUGUGGCAGGCAGCGAGAAGCCCCAUCCACAGCAUCUGCUAGAGUAUGCUCGCGAGCGGCUUCCGUCGUACAUGGUUCCCGAUGCCAUCGAAUAUGCCACGGAGUUUCCGUUGACCCAAAACGGAAAAGUAGACCGCAAGGCCCUUGUUCAACAAAGGCUUGACUCUCGAGAACCAGCGCCAUCAAUCAAUGGACACGGAUCAAAUGACAAGAAAACCGUGGUUCGGGGACUCUGGAGGGACCUGCUCAAUGUCUCCGAAGUUCGAGACGAGGAUGACUUUUUUGCACUUGGAGGCAGUUCGCUCCAAGCUGCGGCGCUGAUCUCUCUCAUCCAAGAGCAUUUCGGCUGUCUUGUCUCGAUGGAAGAGUUGCAUCGCCAUUCCAGGCUCGACAGAUUGGUACGGUUUUUAGAACCCGCGGAGCUCAAACAAGCCAAUGCACCCGACGAUACCAGAAUCUGGAUGCAAGAUGUCGAUCUCGUCGAUGAUAUCGAGCUCGUCCCGCAAUGGGAAGCAGAAACCGAAGGACGCGUCUUCAUCACCGGCGUGACCGGCUUUGUGGGCGCUCACCUCCUGCAUCACCUCAUGCAGAGACCCGCAGUGAAACAGAUUGCAUGUCUGGCACGUCCUAAGAACGGGCUCAGCGCGGCGACUCGAAUACAGCGGGCCCUGGAACGAUACGAUCUAUGGCCCGACGCGUUCGAGCAGACGCAGAAGCUACUGACUCUGGAGGGAGAUCUUGCCGACAGCGAACUGGGCCUGGGAACAAAGAAAUUCACCUGGCUGGCCGACUGGGCCUCAGUAAUCUUCCACCUCGGGGCAAAGGUUAACUUCUGCGAGUCGUAUCGCGAGCAUCACACCGCCAAUGUCGUGGGGACAUGCAACGCCCUCCGGCUAGCGGCCGCCGGCCGCCGCAAGGCAUUCCAUUACAUGUCGAGCAUCGACGUGUGGGGUCCAACGGGCUGCAUCCUCGGCACCAAGGUACUCUACGAGGACGAGCCCCUCCAACCGCACAUCCAGGGUCUUCGGUACGAUCUGGGCUACGCGCAGAGCCAGUGGACGGCCGAGGCCAUGGUGCGCCGCAUGCGAGACCGGGGCUUACCCGUCGCAAUCUACCGACCAGGUUUCAUCAUCGGCGAUAGCACGACAGGGACCAGCAACCCCGACGACUUCUUCUCCCGGUUUGUGGUGGGGUGUAUCCAGCUCGGGACAUUCCCGCGCCUCGACCAGCGCCUCGAGUACGUGACGGUGGACUAUGUGCUGGCGGCCAUAAUGCAGAUCGCGUCGGAUAAUAGCAACCUAGGCAGAUCGUAUAGCCUGCUUUCUCCGGAUGUGCGCCAGUCGGUAACGGUUGAAGGAACCUGCGCCGUGCUCAACGAGGCAGGGUACGAUGUCAGACUCAUCCCGUACGAGGAGUGGGUGGAGCAGGUGGCCGCGCAGCAGAAGAAGGGGCCAUUGGCUCCUCUGAUGCCGGUGUUCCAGGAGAAGGUGCUGGGGAGGCUGACGCGGUGGGAAGCGAGCCAGUACUCGCCUGUGUACCGGUGCGAUAACACGGUUGAAGCGCUGAAGGACCACCCGGAAAUUGAAUUCGUGCCGUUUGACGCGGAGAUGCUGAAGAGGUUUAUUGAUUUCUGGGAUCGCAAGGGGUACUAUAAUGUCAAGAAGUAG